UCCCCAUCCCGGUGAGCAUCCAUCCUAUUAUUCCUAUCCACGCAAAGGGAGGGAGUAUUAGUACAGAGUGUACUCCACCGAGAUAAGAGUGUUUCGAUGGCGUCUCCUGCGUCUGUUACCAACCUGGGGACCAACGGGAGGCCUGGCCCCCUGACCGUGGCCGCGGCGAGGUCGCAUUUGGCUUCGAGGAUCAAGUUCACCGGGUUCGACAGUAUCCGGCGGUGGCAGUACGCGCCUGGGAGGCUGUGUAGGUGUAUGGUUAUAACCAAUUUGAUCGAUGAGGAGAAGGGGGUUCAGUUCUCGUCGAGAGGGAGUGUGGGUGUGAAGCCUGAUGGUGACAACGAUCUUCUUCUGAAGCCGCCGCAGAAGCCGGUGCGGGCUAAUGGGCCACCGGAGGGCAUGAAUGCGGCGGCAUCGCCGUCCGGUGGUGGGAGGCCUCCAGGGUCAAAUUUGGAGGAUAGAGAUAAGGUUAGAGAGUCAUUGGAUGAGGUGUUGGAGAAGGCUGAGAAGCUGAAGGCAUCGACCUCUGGAAAUGGAAGCGGCGACAGCAGUGGUUCGAGGCAGAAUGGUGCGUCGAAGUCUGAUAGUUCGGCAACUCCAGCAGCGGAGGGUGUGAAUUCGAGGAAGACAAAAACACUUAAGAGCGUGUGGCGAAAGGGAAACCCUGUUUCAACUGUACAUAAGGUGGUAAGAGAUCAUCCGCGUCCUGAAAGUAGGAAUCAGUCUAGUUCUACAGCUAAACCUUCUAUGCCAGCUCCAACAAAACCAGUACCUCAGCUACUAACAAAGCCUUCUGUAGCACCACCACCUCGUAGGCCUGUCAAGGCUGAUAUGUCAAAGGAUAAAAAAGGACCAAUCCUGAUUGAUAAAUUUGCUUCCAAUAAACCAAUAGUGGAUCCAGUUGUAGCUGCAGCACUGAUAGAACCUGUAAAGCCAGUACGAGGCCCACCAGCGAAAAUCAAGGAUGACCGUCGUAAAAAAACAAGCACACCAGCUGGUCCUCGCCGACGAAUGCCAAAUGAUGAUGGAAUAGUUGAUGAGGAUACUGCAGAUGUACCAAUUUCCGGUGUUCCAGUGCGCAAGGGGAGGAGAUGGAGCAAGGCAAAACGUAGAGCUGCAAGGCUUCAGCUUGAGGCUUCACAAGUUGAAGAGCCAGUCAGAGUCGAGAUCCUUGAAGUUGGUGAAGAAGGAAUGGAGAUUGAGGAAUUGGCAUAUCAAUUAGCAAUCGGCGAGUCAGAAAUUUUACGAUUUUUAUCUGUGAGAGGAGCUAUGCUUGACAAUGUUCAGACACUUGAUAAAGAUCUGGUUAAGAUGGUUUGUAUGGAAUAUGAUGUCGAAGUACUGGAAAGUGGUCCAGUGAAAGUGGAAGAGAUGGCAAAGAAGAAGGAAUUUCUUGAUGAGGAAGAUUUGGACAAGUUGGAAGUAAGGCCCCCUAUUGUGACUAUCAUGGGCCAUGUCGACCAUGGAAAGACUACCCUGUUGGAUUAUAUACGCAAGAGCAAGGUGGUGGCAUCUGAGGCUGGCGGAAUAACACAAGGGAUUGGUGCCUAUCAGGUUCUUGUACCGGUUGAGGGAAACCCUCAAGCUUGUGUUUUUCUUGAUACUCCAGGGCAUGAGGCGUUUGGUGCAAUGAGAGCUCGAGGCGCUAGGGUAACUGAUAUCUGUAUCAUUGUUGUCGCUGCGGAUGAUGGUGUUCGUCCACAAACAAAUGAGGCAAUUGCACAUGCAAAGGCAGCUGGAGUCCCUAUUGUGAUAGCCAUAAACAAGAUAGACAAGGAAGGAGCUAAUGCUGAACGUGUCAUGCAAGAGCUUUCCCAGAUUGGACUUAUGCCAGAGAUGUGGGGUGGUGAUAUCCCAAUGAUUCAGAUAAGUGCUCUUAGUGGAGAGGGUGUUGAUGAACUGUUGGAGACUGUCAUGCUUGUUGCUGAGUUGCAAGAAUUAAAGGCCAAUCCUCAUAGAAAUGCAAAGGGUACAGUUAUUGAAGCAUGCCUUGACAAAGCUAAAGGACCUCUUGCCACCUUAGUUGUACAAAAUGGAACCCUGAACAAGGGUGAUAUUGUUGUGUGUGGUGAAGCUUUUGGAAAGAUCCGUGCAAUGUAUGAUGAUGGUGGAAAUCUUAUUGACAGAGCUGGGCCGUCCAAUGCCGUGCAGGUUAUUGGCUUGAAUAAUGUACCCCUUGCUGGUGAUGAAUUUGAGUCUGUUGACAACCUUGAUGUUGCACGCGAAAGGGCAAAUGCACGUGCUGACUCACUGAGAAUUGAAAGGAUAUCUGCGAAAGCUGGGGAAGGGAAAGUCACUCUGUCAUCCAUUGCAGCAUCUGUUUCAUCUGGAAAACAAGUAGGAAUUGAUACACAUGAGCUUAAUGUCAUCCUUAAAGUUGAUUUUCAGGGUUCCAUUGAGGCCAUUAGGCAAGCAAUCCAAGUGCUGCCUCAAGAAAAUGUCUCCUUGAGGUUCCUACUCCAAGCUCCAGGAGAUGUGAGUGUCAGUGAUGUUGAUCUGGCUGUUGCCUCAGAAGGGAUUAUAUUUGGUUUUAAUGUCAAAGCUCCAGGAUCAGUUAAAAGCUAUGCUAAGAAGAAAAGUGUGGAAAUUCGUCUGUACAAGGUGAUCUAUGAUUUGAUUGAUGAUUUGCGGAAUGCAAUGGAAGGACUUCUUGAACUUGCUGAGGAGGAAGUUCCACUUGGUUCAGCCAAAGUUCGUGCUGUUUUUAGUAGUGGCAGUGGAAAGGUGGCGGGUUGCAUGAUUACUACAGGCAAAGUUGUUCAGGACUGCAAUGUCCGCGUUCUUCGUAAAGGGAAGGAAGUUUAUGUGGGUACACUUGAUUCAUUGAGACGGGUGAAAGAAACUGUAAAGGAGGUUGGCGCCGGGCUAGAGUGUGGCGUUGGGGUAGAUGAUUUUGACGAAUGGGAGGAAGGUGAUGUCGUGGAGGCAUUCAACACAGUGAAGAAGACAAGGACCCUGGAGGAAGCCUCUGCUUCUGUGACUGCUGCCCUAAAGGAUGCUGGCGUCCAGUUGUAGAAGUGGCAAAGCUGAUAGGCACCCAUCGUGUAACAACUGCAGGAUCAGAGCCAGCAAAUUUACCACGGGAAGAAAGAAAGAAAGAAAGAAAGACGGAGUGCAUUAUUGGUCACAUUGUUGUUAUUAACGAAGAACAGCAAACUGCGUAAUCGAUCGUAAAUACGACGAACUUAUGCAAGCCAUAGUACAGUAGGACCCGAUGGGCCUGCAUGCGUCACCAAACCUGAGCUUAACCGCCUCCUAUAGCCUGCAUCUGCUGAUGCUGUAUUUUGAUGUACAUAACAGGAGAGGAGACAACUGUUACCUUUUUUUAGUUUGCCACUAACAGGUAGAUAAACAGUGUGUUUAGUUUUACACCACCUGAUUUUUGACACAGGAUGUAAUAACUCUGUAAUGGUGACACCAUCAUUAUUCAAUCAACAUUCAUGCAUAUUCGAU